UAUCCUCACAAUAAACAGAAUCUGCGUUUUAAAGAAGUCUCAAGCUGGUGUUAUACAGAGCUACACAACUCUACAAUGUCUGCUGUUUUAUUCACGGCUCUGUUGGUUGUAAAUAUCAUGUUUACCUGUGGACUUGACAUUUCACUACAAAGUGAAUACCGUAUGGAGGGUAAAGAUUUAUUCUGUGCCAAAUUACGUUGUGUUGAGAACACACGAGAAGAUAAUGAAAUCUCAGCUCUUGUCAACAUGUCAGUCUAUAGGAUCAGUGAAUUAGAGGGGAAGAUUAUGUUGGCGUCUAUAUCAGAAUCAGAUUCAAAAAUUCGAGAUAAUAAAGUAAAUGGAUCAAAAGUUGAUGGAAAGUUUUUAAAGGUCCUUGGAGAGUUGACUGUGUCAUUUACAAAACCUUCUGAUUGUUUUAGUACAGCGUUUGGAUGUGAUGUGUAUUACAUAAAUAGAAGGGGUCUCAUUGAGAUGAAAGAAAAUAAAACCAAACCUGUUGACCAACACAAUCGUAAGCCGUUGAUGUUGAUGACCUUAGAGGCUAAAACUCCAGAGAAUGAUAAAACAAUUGAUAGAAUGUCCGAGUUUCUAAAAACAUUUCAAGAUUCUGAUAGGUUAAACAGAGCUGACUUACACAUGCAUUUACAGUUUUCAACAGAUGACAAACGUUGUAACCAAAGUUAUCUUAAAACAGAAUUAACAAAGGAAAACAUUGGUGAAGCUUUUGUUAACCUUACCCAUGCUAUGGAAAGUAGAUUAAAUAGCUUGGUAUCUGCACAAGGAUCUACAAUUCAGAGACUUGAAAAUCAAAUGAACAACGUUGUUAACAGAUUGAACACCUUACAUAAAACAAAUCAAGAGCUCACGCGUUUUAAAAACAACUUAACUGAAAACCUAUUAAAAACAACUCAGCAGAUAGAAGCAAACAUCAAAACACAAGAAAUACACAAUAAGUCAAUACAAAAGUUAGCAAGUCUAUACAAUAUUUUACACAAACAACUAGAGAGACUGAACUUCAGUGUGGAUAACAUAUCAUUUGAUAUACAAACUUGGUCGCACAAGUCAAAUCAAAGUGAAAUGCUAACAAAAACCAUGCAAGAUUUCAAAAAAGAUUUACUAAAUUUAACUACUGAAAUGUUAAAAAAUAGCACAUCGAUAUUGGAACAACGUCAAAAUAUAAGCAUUCAACAACUUGUGGAAAGCAACAAAUUAAUGUCAGAUACACAAUCAAAGACACUGAAUGAUUUACAAACAGCUGUAUCACUGCUAAACAAUACUAACAUUGAUAUACUCGCCCGUAAGGAGAAGACCAACAACACCAUUCAACAUCGGAUUUCAAAACCAGAUAAAAUUGGUGUUCUAGGUAGUAGAUUACAUGGAUUGAAUGGCUCUGUGCCCAACGAAAGCGAACACUUAAAAUGUGCCGACAUGAACGACAGUGUUUUGGCGGAUAUAACAGCGGCUGGAGUAGAUGUCAACAGAACAUUGUGUGAUACCAAGACUGACGGUGGAGGAUGGAUUAUUAUACAGAGACGUAUCAAAGGUGAUGUGAACUUUACAAGAACUUGGAACGAUUAUAAAAAAGGAUUCGGUUCAACUUCUGGAGACUUUUGGAUCGGAAAUGAUGUAAUUUCUAACUUGACAGAUUUGGGUUAUAAUGAACUCAGAUUUGACAUGAAGUAUAAAGGUAAAGACUACUACGCUGUGUACAGAGGUUUUAAGGUAGAAAAUGAAGCAGCAAAGUAUAAGAUGAGCUUCACGUCAUUCAGUGGUGGGAAUAUUAGAGAUGACUUUAUUGGUCACAAGUUUAUGAAGUUUACAACCUUUGACUCUGAUAACGAUAUCUUGUCGAGUGGAAACUGUGCUGUAGAUAGGAGAGGUGGUUGGUGGUUUAGACGUUGUUACGACGUUAACGUCAACGGUGAAUGGGCUAGUAGUUUUUAUGAUAAAGGAAUUCAUUGGGCUAGAAUUACAAGCUCGACUGACUCUCUAGAUUUUGUUGAGUUGAAACUUCGUCAAAUGUAAACAACCGGAAAACAAUGCUGUGGUAAAAUAAUGGAUUCAAAAUAUGUAGACUAAUUACUUGUAUAAUCUUCAGAAACAUCAACAUAAUUACUUAUAUUAAAAUAAAUAGAUGUAAAAAUAUUUACUAAGGCAAUAUUUUCUUUAUAAUGAACAUUAAACCAUAACAUUGUAUUUGAAAAAUCCUUUGAAAAACUCUAAAAUAAUUUAUUAUGCUACUAGAUUCUAUGAUGUAUUAAUACCAUAUGUGAAGUAAUCUAGAAUUGAAAUACCUUAUUGAUUACGGUUAGCCAUUAAAACGAGGAGAAAAAAAACGUCUACGAUGGUGUCAUUUAUUUCUUGCAUAUACAUAAAUAUACUAGUAGUGUAGUUGUCAUCUACGACUAUAUCUUUAAUUAGCCAUUCACCUGGAUUGUGUGUAGUUUACAUCUAAUAACCUGUGUAAUUGUUUCAAUACUAAUUUUGUUGGCAUAGUUUUUCAUAUUCCAUGCAAAAUAACACAAAGUAGAGAUAGUAACUAUUACUGUUAACUUGGGAUUUGUAAAGUUUAGUAUAAUAAGUUUGUAUAUUUUGCGGUUAUAACAAUGUAGUAGAGUAAAUGGAUUAUUUAUAUGAAUCCAAUGUUUAGAUAGUUUUAUUUUUUACUUAAUAUAUUUCUUAUCGAACAUGUUUGUUUAUUUAGAAAAUAUCUAUAAUCACUUAAAAGUACAAAAGAAACGUUAUAAUGUGUAUACUUU